AUGACGUCGUCGGUCAAAUCGUGGCCGGUCAACUCCAAAACCACGUGCGAGACGGGGAGUAUUGUUGUUGUCGGGAUAGAGAAUGGAUUGGAUGACGUGGCUUGUCUUGACGAGAACACGCGUGGCCUCGUCGUUAGACGCGUAGAAGAGUUGGAACCGUUUUCCGGCGAGAGUGCCGUGGGCCCCGUUGACUACGGUGACGGCGUAGCCUUUCGAAGCUUCGUGGUUGGCCCACGCGGAGAGUAUGCCGACAAAGGCCACGAACGAGAAUCGGAAAGCGAGGUUGAGAUUGUUUGGAUUCCGGUGGUCGGCCGGCGGAGUGGCGGUGGCGGCGGAGGGUGGGUGGAGGAAUGGUUGUAG